ACGACCACCGCCAGCAACUAUCAAGAGACACUACCCGCCAUCCUCAUGUCAAUCGCAGCAAGCAAACCAGCUCAGAACGGCCUCAAGUUUUCGUAUGGCUUGAAAGAGUCUUCCCAACCAACCGUCGGAGAUGAAAACUCAGAACCUGUGGACGGGAUGGAUGAUGCCCUACUUGGCUAUCACAUGCCAACCUCCGGAUUUAAAUUUCGUCAACAGGUCUCAUCCUUAACUCAAGCCACCAGCUUAGCCUAUAGCAAAUUUCAAGACUUCGAAGCAUUCUUCCCUCUUCUCAAAGAACAUCUGCUCGGAAUCCCAUCUAGUGAGCUUGUCCCGUUAGAAACAUCACGAAAGUCGUUGCAAAAGUGUGGCGUUCGCAUUCCACUGAGUGAUCCGAUCGAUCCUGUACAAUGGAAGUUCGUCUUCAUCCCGCCUAAGGAGGUCGAUAUAGUCGGAAGUUGGUCUUUGAAGAAUGCAAUAAGUUCUAAGAGUAGAAAGAAACAGCAUGCCACGAUUGAUUUGCUUGUUCAAAUGCCACUGGGCGUCUUUCAAGAGAAGGAUUACAUGUCGAAUCGAUAUUUCCACAAACGAGCACACUACUUGGCUCAUAUCUCCAAGUCUCUAUUGCACUCCUCAUUCUCCGACAAGUUUGAGUUCAGUUACUCUUACCUGGAAGGCGAUUGCUUCAAGCCAAUUAUCAACAUCAGACCUCAGAAAGAUUCAGACUCCACCUCCAAAUGGACCGCUCGCCUUAUACUCUCUUAUCCCCAAUCAGUCUUUCCUCUCGCAAAACUCGCACCUUCUAAAGCCAACCUCAAAUCGACAUCACAUCCAUCUCCAGACUACAAUCAGUCUAUCUUGAUGGACUCAAGUGAACUCAACCUACAGCAUCACUCAUUUUUUACCCAGCUUUCUACAAAAUCACCGGCCUUCAACCAGACUUGCCAACUCAUGAAGGUCUGGGCCGAACAUAAAGUGUUUUAUCGGCAGUCAAAAUCAAACCCAGAUGAUCACCGCUUGGUUGGGUUUUCUCGGUUUGGCUGGUUUGUCAACUUCCUAGUGGCUCAUGUCCUGCUUGGGAAUCGUGAAGUGGGCCAGAAGGCCAAAAUCGGCGGGACAAUUCUACAAACUGAUCCAGCUGCGCUCUGGAAGCAUGUGAUCGAUUGGCUAUCUAAAUGGAACUCGGAAUCUAUCGUUUGCAUGAAAGUGAUGGAGGAUUCGCAUCCCUUUCCUCACGAAGAAUUCAAUUCGUUCGGUACCGCCCUAAUUGACCCAAGUGGUAUGAUUAACUUGACUACCGGGAUCCCAGUGGGCACACUCAAACUGCUUUGCACUGCUGCACAACGAACUGCAUCGCUGCUGAAAAGUGGAAAUGAUGUGUUUGGAGCAGUGUUUUCUCGGCCCUCAUAUUCUUUCGCUUCAAGCUUUGAUUAUCAUUUCGUCGUUAGGAUUUCGAGUGAGGACAUUGAAAGGUUGUGUCAUGAAGAGGAACGGAAAACUCUUCUCAACGCCCUGCAGAUUCUGUCGCGCAGUCUUCAACUUGCUCUUGGUAAUCGAGUCACCGGCUUUGCCCUUCUUCGCCAGCUCCCCGAAAUAUCACUGAAAUUCUAUCAAAAUCGCUCAAAAUCGCUUCCCCCUGCGCCAAGUGAAUUCACCGUCCUGCAAGUGGGACUAGUCUUGGACUCGGCCCAUGCCUUCAAUUUGGUCACAUAUGGCCCGUCACCAGAUUCAUCCCCCGUCGAACUCGAGAAAUUUUGCAAGUUUUGGGGUGAUCGAUCUGAUUUGCGGCGUUUCCAAGAUGGUUCAAUCAAACAAUGUGUCAAUUGGGAAGUUCACAAUCCGCUGGAACGUAUGCAGAUUAUCAAACAGAUCAUACGCUGGCUUCUUAUCCGAAAGCUCGACUUUAAAGAUGAUCAAAGUGUGGUAUGGGAUCUUAUCGGCCACUUUGAUGAUUUCAUUCAGGAAAAUCCAACUCAAAUCACGAAGAUUUACGAGAAAGAUCCUAUAGAAAUCGGAUUCACUAAUGUGAUGAAGGUUUUCAACGAAUUUACCAAAGAACUGAAGGCUUUAAAGGAGAACGGCUUGAUACCUCUCUCGAUCACCUCAGCGCAACCUGAGUCGGAAUACCUACGCUAUUCUUCAGUCUUUGUUCCUGGCCCUCGACGCCUGAAGAAUUAUCCCCAUCAACCUACAACCACGAAGUAUCUACCAAGCCUUCUGUGUCAAUUGAAAUUCGAAAGCUCGGGGAAAUGGCCAGAGAGCUUAGAAGCCAUCCAAAAGAUCAAAGCGGCGAUGUUAGUCAAGAUUGCUGAAGCGUUAGAGCAAUCCGGACAAGUCGUAGAGUCCACAAUUGUGUUUGAUCACAAGGCACUACCGAUCGCUCAGAAUGUCGCAUUGGAUGUUCUUCAUUCCUCAGGAUAUGCUUUCAAAUUAGUGAUCUGUUACGAGCGGGAAGAAAUGUUACUAGACGAAGCUCUGGCGAUCGAUACGAACGAUCGGAGGGAGACCCCAGAAUGUAAAACUUCUUGGUUAGUUGAAGCACUUGGGAGCUAUCGCAAGACGUUUAUCUACUCGAGGAAGCAUCACGAUGCUAUCACUGCCCUCCAGUCAAGAUUCCCUUCGUUUACUUAUACAGUUAGAUUGAUCAAGCGAUGGUUCAGUACCCACAUGCUACUAUCCACGCAUGUAUCGGUCGAAUUAGUCGAAUUACUAGCCUCGGUGGUAUACUUACUUCCAGAGGACGAGCAACCGCCAACAACAGGAUCGUCAGGAUUUGUACGCUUUCUGAGGUUUCUAACGCGUUGGGAUUGGAAAAACGAACCGUUGCUCAUCCCGCUUCAAUCGUCUAUCGGGCUGCCUUCCAACGCACUGACUCACUUUCCCGUCGAGUCACUGAAAGCGGCCCUGCAGAGCUUCCGGUCAACUCGGAAGAAGGAUCCCGGGUUCCACCGAUACACAUACUUUGUUGCGACUGAAGAUGAUCUGGAAGGCUCGAGAUGGCUGCUCAGCACAAGCGGCGGCCCACAAGAGGGGAAGACUGCAAAAACCAUCCUGCGUCCCACCCGGCUGAUCUCAGACCGACUCCAGACGCUUGCCAGUGCCUCGCUAGAGGUCCUUGAGCCCAGCUUGGAACUUGGGUCCGUCGGCUUUCAGCCUAAAACACUCUUCAAAAGCCCGCUCAAGCACUUUGACUUCCAUCUCAUCCUCGACCUUUCAUGCUCUACUCGUCUCCAUCAAUCUGUCGAUCGAGUCUGUCCGGACUCAGUCCCGUCCGUUUCUACGCUCGAGACCCGGCCUCAAAUUGAUGAUGACCCUGUAUUCGAAUUCUUCAAGGAAUUGCAGUUGAUAUAUGGAGAUUCGAUCGAGUUCUUCUAUGAUCAAUUCGGGGGGCCUUUGAUCGGUGGGGUAGUGGACCGACGGAUCAUCACUCGAGUAUCGAAAGCUACCCCCAAGCCUCGCGAAAAUAAUGGCCACAACAGAAACAAAGCUGUGUUUGAUCUAGACGCUUGUCUCCUGCAAAUCUGCAACGGUGUCGGCCAAGGCUUGGUCGCUAAAGUCUUGAAAAAAGACGUCGAUUAUUAGGUCAACCUUCUCCCCCCUCUCUCUCAAAAAAAACACUUCUUUUUUUUAAUUGGAUGUCUGGAGAUGUGGUUGCCCCAUAGAAUUAAAGAGGGUUUGAGCAGACUGAAGAACUGAACUUAUCGAAAGAUUUCCCUGUUACCUUUUUGUAGAGUUCAGUUUUAUUUUUUGUGGGUUCAGUUCUUUACACAGCAACCAUGAAGGAUGUUCUUUGGCACAUGUAUGUUUGCAUGGUCCACAAUCAGCACACACCAGUUCAGGUGCACAUAUACUUAUGUAUGGUGAUCAUGAUCUGGGGGGUACUCUGACCUGAUUUACAAAAAAUGCCCAGCAAACAAACAAG